AUGCAUUUUUGCCUUCAUGUGCCAUUACGAUAUCCAAAUGGAACUUCGGAAGUCAAUCAUACUACAGAGAGAGUUCCGCCCGAGCUUCCUGAACCAGUAAUUGGGAUCAAUUGUGCUAGGGAUGGCAUGAAUUGCAGCAAUUGGCUUUCUCUGGUUGCUGUGCACAUUGCUUGUUGGUUGCUUCUGGGGUUUUUUAUUCUGGAGCCCGGCUUAGCUGGAAGGAGAGAAGGCACUAUAUGUUUUUUAAGUUGUCUCUUCCCAAAUAGGGUGGAUUGUGGGACCGUGGUUCCAGCUUCUGUUGUUUGAUUCAUUUCAUGAUAUGUUUAAGAAAAUAAUAUUGACCCAUUCACCCAGCAUCAAAUUGUUCGCUUAUCAGCUACCUUGCAAGGCGAUAUUUUAUCCUGUUUCUUU